GCCAAGCCUGUCAAUCACACUAACAACAACAAAAUACAUAUGGGACAGUUUAAGGAGCAAGAGCAGACAUGAGAAACUGCUCCUUUAACUUACUUGGAAUCAACUCCAAUGUGUGCCUGGGAGAAGAAAAAUGAGUAUGUGUUUGGAAUGCCUGAAUCUGCUGUGAUUGUAGAAAAACUGUGCAUGAACGGAUCUCACUUCUUGAAUAUAUCAGACUAUGAGCUGAACCGAUUCAAAAUAAUGCACCAGCCGAAGCUUCAAAAGAUGGUGCAUGACAUCAAGAAAAAUGAAAGUGGGAUAAUAAACAAGUUCAAAAAGUUCCAAAAUGAACAAGUGGCCUUAAUUUGCAAAACUGGGAAAGAUACUUGGGAUCGCCUUAAAAAAAAGCCACCACCAAGUCUACCACAAAGGGAUUAUGCUUCAGAACAUGCAGACAAUGAAGAGGAACAAUGGUCAGAUGAUUUUGACAGUGAUUAUGAAAAUCCAGAUGACCACUCUGACUCUGAGAUGUAUGUGGUCCCCAGUGAAGAGAAUCCUGAUGACAGCUAUGAGCCACCUCCAAGUGAGAAGGAGAAAAAGAAGAUUCCUUCUGCUUUCCCUAUUUCUAGGGGUGAAUAUGCAGACAAUCGCACCGGUCACCAGCAGCUUCCUCCCAUCAACAAACCUCUUCCAAGUACACCCAGUCCAGCCAUGUCCAGACCAAAGAAACCAUGUGUGCCGUCCCUGCCACUGCCAUCUCCUGCUGCAAAACCAAAAGUACCACCAAAGCCUAAGGAGUGUAGUGAUGAUGAGGAUAAUUACAUUGUGCCAGUGGACAAUGAUGACGAUAACUAUAUUGAACCCACAGAAAGCAGCAUGUCACUACCUACAAAAUCUCCUGGGAACAGAUUUAUGAAGACAACAAAGCCAGGCCCCCCUACUUCUCCAAAGCCUUCUCUUGCUUCUGAUAUGCAAGAAGUCUACGAGGUUCCUGAAGAAGAGGAAAAACCACCACCACCACCAGUAACCAGGUUCACUAAGCCACUUCUGUCUAUGCCUGCUCAGAAUACGGAGCACUCCCACAUGCACAAUAUGACCAGAGAGCCACCGAAACAGGAGACGUGCAGAAAUAUUUUGCCUCUUCCCAGAAGUCGUUUUCAUCCAAAAACAGACCAUGAAGCAAACAAUAAUGAUGAAAGUCAGAGAUUCAAUAACACACAAGAAUCCAGAUUUGCCACUGGAGCAGCUCCAUCUCCAUUACCAAGGGGCCUCAAGAAAACUUCUAAUAUGAUAAAUUCACCAAAACCAUGUUUACCUUCCAGAGAGAUCUUAACUGCAAAUGAAGAAAAACCUACAGCAGCAGAACGACGACGAAGUUCCAACCAAGAGCUUCCACUUCCACCCCUUCCAAGUGGUGCACAGAAGCCUCUGCUCCAAAAGUUCUCAAUUCUGCCAAAAGUGCCGGAAGCUGCAAACCGUUCUCUGGGCACUUCCCCUCAAAGCAGCACUUCAUCUAUUGCAAGUUCUGCGGAUCAGGAUGCUGGUGUUCACAGUAAAGCAUGGUAUGCUGCUACCUGUGAUAGGAAAAUGGCAGAAGAUGCAUUGUACCGAUCAAACAGGGAUGGAUCUUUUCUAAUAAGAAAAAGUUCUGGACAGGACUCACAGCAACCAUACACACUGGUUGUGUUUUACAACAGAAGAGUAUACAACAUUCCUAUACGAUUUAUUGAAUCAACAAGACAAUAUGCACUGGGCAGAGAAAAAAGCGGUGAAGAGCGCUUUGACAGUGUUGCUGAAAUAGUAGAGAAUCAUCAGCGCACCUCCCUGGUUCUAAUUGACAGCCAAAACAACACCAAAGACUCAACAAAACUGAAACACAUUGUAAGAGUUUCUUAAUUAAACUGAACUGCUAAAAUGAAGUCAUUUUUAAUCAUUUCUUUCAACAUGUGAAGACAUGGACAAGGUAUUAAAAGAAGAAAAAUCCAAAAUAAUGGAAAACUCUUUAAGAGCACCUAUUGAGUAAUAAGAGUUGCAGUUCACAGAGUUCAACCUCACUCACUUUUAUCAGAAAAGCAUUCACAUUUAAAACAAGAGCCAAAGCAGAUAUGCUUUCAUCUGUGAUUUCCAUCUGGGACAACACAGGUAUCCCAAGUCAUGCGAAGAACAACUGCGUAUCAGAGCCUGGUCCUUUGACUGCUGUUUAAAGACACAUAUCCUGUAGGACAUUUUCAUUUUGAAAAUGAGAAUACCCACCACUUUUUCUAUUUGUUUAUCACAGAUCACUGCCUUCAGCAUUUUCUUUGUAAAGGGCACAGCCCCAGAAAUUAGACCAAAUUGACCUAAUGUACCACUGUGCACUAGCUGAAAAUAGGACUGUACUUUAUGUGAUCCAUGGCAGCAGAGGUGCCUGAAUGUUACAGAUUCGCGGACAUGUGUUUCAUUGAUAUUUUUGUUUAUAUGUUCAAAUGUGCAGAUAAAAUAAAAAAUACUGUAAAGUCA